UGGCAGUGCGGUAUCCUGCCACGGUGGAAAGCACGAUGGAGACCCAGGAUUCUCAACCAUACAGGUUGAGGGGCUCCAGGCAGAUCUCAUAAUGCAGAGGAAACUGGUUUAUCAGUUUCCUCUUUGGUUUGUAAAGCCUGUUUUGGGACCUGUAGCCUGGAGAUUUCUAAGAGAUUUGGGAGGGAUGAAAUCUCCAAUCCUGGGCCCAUAUUUUGGGAGCAGCCAGCACGCUGAUGGCACAGGUGUGUGCAGGCCUUUUUGUGGAGGCCAGGCCAUGAUUCUGGGCUCCACCCCGGCAGAUAGAGUCAGGAGGGCUCCACCCCGGCAGACAGGAGUCAGCAGGGCUCCACCCCGGCAGAUAGGAGUCAGGUGGGCUUCACCU